AAUUUCCGCUUUAAGAAAAUUAAAAAUGCAUAAUGGGACCUAUUGAUUGGUCAAAAGGCCAGAUCACAUAUAGUAAGAGAAUGACAGUGCUGAUACAAUAAACGUUAUCUGAUGACGAUAACGUGGAUAGAGAAGCUGGACACACUCUGUCCAAAACCAGGACAAAACUGUAUUCAUAAUUUUAUACGUAUACACGUUUAAGUUGUAUUGACGUAUUUGUUCUCCCCAUUUGACGAGAUGGAUCUUAGCGUUGAGCUCACGGACAGCCAAAAAACGAUUUUAAAGCAGUUUCGCGAGGUGGUUAAGGAUUUACAGUUGACCAACUCUGAAGAUGCUUUCCUUGCACGGUGGCUUAUCGCCCGCGAUUUUGACAUGCCCAAAGCUGAAAAAAUGCUCCGAAGUUCGCUGGAAUUGCGUCGCCAAUACAAAAUCGACAGCCUUCUAAACGACUUUAAGCCACCGGAAGUCUUGGUCAACUAUCUUUCAGCUGGUAUCACUGGACAAGACAAGUUACUAAAUCCUUUGUGGAUUACCCGAUAUGGAAAGACGGACAUGAAAGGGAUCCUCCGUUCGACAAAGAAGAUAGAUUUUAUGAUGUACAUCAUUUAUUUGAUUGAAAUGGGCGUUUCUCAAGUCUUAUCGGAACCGAAUAAGUUCAAGCGCGUGCCUGAUGCUCUGGUGCAGACAACCAUCAUCUUCGACUGUGACGGCAUCUCCAUGCAGCACGUCACUAACAAAAAAUUUAUAGAUGCGAGCAUCAAACUUGCUAAAUUGUACGAGGCGAUUUAUCCCGAAUACCUCCACAAUGUUUUUGUUGUUAAUGCGCCAAAGAUUGCGAACAUACUGAGAGCCAUCAUGAAACCCUUUGUGCCCGAAAAAACCAUGAGCAAGAUUCAUAUGUUCACUCACGAUGACAAAUUAUGGAAAGCGGCUCUUCUGGAACACAUCAAUCCUGAUCAGUUGCCUGUUGCAUAUGGAGGGACUUUGACCGAUCCCGACGGAAAUCCCAACUGCAUUACAAUGGUCGGUAUGGGAGGAAAAGUCCCGAAAUCUUAUUAUUUCCGCUACAAGCCUGAUACCGCCAAUAAGAAGUCUUUGUCGAUUCCCAAGGAUUCUAAAGAACAAUUAGAAUUCCCAGUCAAACAAGCUGGCGCCCUGCUCAAAUGGGAUUUCCAUUUGGAGGAGGGUGAAAUUUCGUUUGCCGUGUAUCGGAAAGAAGGCAAUGAACUGAUCCCGAUCGUUCCGUCAAAUCGGGUCGAUUGCGACAUGUCGACCGAAGAAGGAGAAGUCCGAUGUGACGAGCCUGGUGUCUACAUUGUUGAAUUUGAUAACGAUUGCUCCAGCAAUCUCCGCUCAAAGAAGGUUUGGUAUGCGAUUUCGGUAGAGGACAACCCCGCUUUGAGUAAUCCGGAGUAAUCUAAAUUCAGCUCUGACAAAAUCUGAAUUUUUAAAUGGACAGACAAUUGCAAGCGAAUAAACAUUUGAGUGUACUAGAAAAAGGGAAAUAUUUUGUGUUAUUUUAAUCUCUCUUUGCUUCCAAGAGGGUCCUGAAUGGUGUUAUUGUGGCUGGUUUCGAGUAAAUUUUUAGAGUGGUAGGGGGGUUCAAUUUGUUCCUCAACUUGUUGAUACUAAAAAAUGUUUGCUAAUAAAAUAAUCGCUAUCUGUUCA